AGCAGUGAUCUGUUUACAUACGAAAAGGACCUUUUGAUACAAUUGGUAGAGGAUAAAAGAAUCAGCACUUCCGAAUCGAAGGGUCGAAAAUUUCGUCGAUUGAAGCAAGAAAAGGUGAGGCACCAGUCACGAACAUCAAAAAUGUCCGAAAAUGGCGUGUUGCAGCCUGAGCAGGAUUCUGAUGCUCUGGAUGGAAUCGAACUUGUAGACGAAUUAGAGGACUCAGAGAAUGAAGAGGAUAUUAUGGAAGAAUUGGCCAUGGUGUUGGCUGCCGCUGGAGUCACUAAGCUGUCUGAUCUGAGCGCGAUAGCGGCCACGUCGCCCCGUCCUCUACCAGCACAAGUGGCCAAACCACGAAGACUGCCCAAAUUAGAUUUUACGGAUAGAUCGGGCCUAUAUCUAAAUGUUAAGAAAGAGAGAGAGGCGCAGGUGACUAUAAUAGCCGAAUCGGAUCUCAGGCGCCGCGAAGAUGAUCGUAAAGCCUGGGCAGAGUGCCAGGAGAAAGAGCGACAGGAGAAAUUGCGCGUUCGUAGUAAAUAUGCCGGGGAAUCUAUUUUCGAUAAAUUGUUGGACAUGGGUUUCGACGAAUAUAAACUGGAAUCCGCUAGAGAAAUUUGUGGCAAUGAUGAGAAGCAGAUGCUGGACUUUUUGCUGAUUACAGAUAAACUAUGUAGUGAAGGUUUUAAUUUUGAAGACGUGAAGUCUGCAUUGGAGGUGCAUCCUGGUGACAUAGAAAAAGCGGCUUUGUUUCUGAAAGCGUUCGUACAGAUCACUGAUAUUGGCUUCAAACGAGAGCGCAUCAGAGAAGCUUUAUUGCUACAUAACAACGUCACCGGCUUGGCUGUUGAGUACUUGAUGAAUCACGUCGAUGAUUGA